CACGUCUCUUGGCGAGGGACGGCGUCGCUUCACAGGCUCGCUGGAGAGAACGAACACCUGAGGCUGCAACCUAAGCGCCUCUCCUCUCUCGGCUCCGGAGGCGAGAGGCGGGGAAACCGACGCCUGAUUCCGGAGCCCUGUCAUUUCUGGAAGCCCAAACGGCCCUCAUGAAUCACUGCCAGUGCCGUUUGAGAGUCGCCAGCGCGAAAGUGCUUCAGUCUUGUUUGUGCACCUGAAGAAAUUACCACGGAUAGUUUACAAUUUAGAAUUAAGAUGAAAAACUCAGGUUGAGUCUAGGGGAAUCCAGGACAGGUGCAGUUGGACACAGCAGGAGGGGAAAUUUCUUCAGUAGAAUCAUGACCAAGAUUAUAAGCAGCAUCUUUGAAACUCUCAGAUGUAUAGUUUUGAUAAUCUACUACAUGUUUGAGGCCUUCAUUAAGAAAUUUUGUUGUGCUCCUAAAAAAGUUGCAGGGGAAAUAGUGCUUAUUACAGGAUCAGCAAAUGGAAUUGGAAAACAGAUUGCUUUAAAUUUUGCCAGUCUUGGUGCUAUUCUGGUCCUCUGGGACAUUGAUGAAGAACAUAACAAGGAGACAGCCGAACUUGCCAAAAGAAAUGGAGCUUUGGCUGUUUAUACCUACAAGUGUGACUGCAGCAAACCGGAAGAAAUUUAUGCAGUGGCAGAUCAGGUUAAAAAAGAAGUUGGAGAUGUUAAUAUUCUAAUCAACAAUGCUGGUAUUGUGACUGGAAAGAAUUUCCUUGAUAUUCCAGACUCUAAAAUGGUUGAAACAUUGGAUGUGAACUUUAAGGCACAUUUCUGGACUUGCAAAGCCUUCCUACCAGCCAUGAUUGCCUGCAACCAUGGACAUUUGGUUAGUAUUUCGAGUGAAGCAGGAACUGUUGGGGCCAAUAAACUCUCAGACUAUUGUGCAAGUAAAGCUGCAGUAAUUGGCUUUUUGGAGUCUGUUGCUUUUGAAUUGCAGGCUGCAGGAAAGAAAGGCAUUAAAACUACGAUUGUCUGUCCAUAUUAUGUGCAUACACGCCUUACUGUUGGUGUAAAAACAACACGGCCCUGUCUUCUUCCAAUCUUGGAUGCAGAGUGUGCUGGCAGGAAGAUUGUGGAUAGUAUUCUGAAGGAGAAGUUUUAUUUGUUUACAUUACCUGUUACAACAUUUUCUGCUCUAAAAGUAUUUUUUCCUAGAAAAGCACUUUUCGUGCUUGUACAAUAUCUUGGAAUCUACAAUAACAUGGAUGACUACAUAGGUUAUGGCCACAACGAAGAGAAGAAAAAUGACUGAUUCAGAACCAACCUGUUAU